UCCCCAUCGUUGGAUCCAUUUACAGAUUGAUCCCCAAUCGGUCAAAGCAACGACUCUUAUACUUCUCCAACGGCCGUGAUCUUUCGAUCAUUAUCACACACAAGACGAGCAAAAAAAAUCUCCAGCUAAUUGCGUGCCAAGUGCAGUAACUUCAACUACAAAAGAACCCACAGCAAACACAGGAAAAAUUGGUUUUUUCCCAUUUGGGUUCUCAGCAAUGGCUAUUUCUUCGAUUACAACGAACUGCCCUUCUCUUCUUUGCUUCUCAAACAAUUCAAAACAGUCUUUUUCUUCACCCCAAAUUUCAGUUUCUUUUCGGUUUUCACGAUCCAGUCUCAGCUGUGGGAAACCCCUUUCCGUUCGAGCCACCACCGUUCCUGCGGCGCCAGCAUCGGAGGGGCUGGCGCCGGCUAUUACGCUGACGGAUGAUGCGUUGAAGCACUUGAAUAAGAUGAGAGCAGAGCGUGACGAAGAUUUGUGCUUGAGAAUUGGGGUUAGGCAAGGUGGGUGUUCGGGCAUGUCUUAUGCAAUGGAUUUUGAGAAGAGAGCAAACGCCAGACCCGAUGAUUCCAUCAUUGAAUAUAACGGAUUCACAAUCAUCUGUGAUCCGAAAAGCCUCCUCUUCCUUUUUGGGAUGCAGUUGGACUACAGUGAUGCUCUUAUUGGUGGAGGUUUCUCUUUCAAAAACCCAAAUGCUACCCAGACAUGUGGUUGUGGUAAAUCCUUUGCGGCAGAAAUGUGAAAUUACAUGUACAAAGACAGUUGAAUAGAUAAUAAUAGUCAUUUAUUACAUGUAUUACAUACAAAGUGUAUCUGUAGUCUUUCAAGUUCCAAUGACAGAUAUUUCUGGUGCCUUUCA